CCCAGAUGUCUCGCUAUGGCGGUCACAGUAGCAGUUCUUUUUAUUAUCCGUACAGCGCAAACAAACAGUAUUGUCCCCCUCUCUCUAUGCAUAAUAGAUGCUAGUCUAGUAAUAGAAAUGCUCCGAUAAUUAUUAAAGAGGACUAAACAACUUGCCGUACAGAUGAUGAGAGGCAGUUUUCUGGAAGGUAAAUGAAGGUCGUUGCUGAAAUUAUAUUUCUUUAAAGAAUAGACCUUUGCUGGUGAAUGAUGUUGCAGUGAAACAUCUCAUGAAGUUACAAGACUCCUCUCAAACUAAUUGGAGAACGAACGACCGAACUUUUCCAUUUAAUGAACAAGAUUUCGUUUGCCAAGAUUAUUGUGUCAUCCAACAUUCUACGACUAAGAGUGUCCGCUGAAGCAACCAUCAGCGAGAAUUAAAUUACUUUUGAUUUGGAUGAGAGGGAAACUUUCAAUUUAUUGGAACUGCAGAAGUCGUCGGUCGUCGUUUUCUCUUAUGACUAGCACAAACUUUAAUCAAGGUACAACAAUGAAAUAGUUAAACGAAUGGAGACGUACAGUCAAAAUGAUAUAAAACACUUGACGGAAAUUAAUCUUGUUUUUAUCUGAGCUGCAGUGAUCCAUCAUACAUAUAGAAUGCUGCAACCAGGUAUCCACUUAUCCGACGUCGUCGACGAUAUCAUGAACGGCAACGCCAUCUGCGACAUCGACGACAUCCCGCCACCGGCCGAGGACGCCGAGGAGGAUAACUCCAAGAACGAAACGUCCAAAAGCGAAAAGAAACCCCGACAGAAUAAGUCGUACGUGACGGCAAAGACCCUCAAUGACCGCGAGGAGAGGAGGUUACAGAUCAAACUGAAUCAUUAUCAGAAAGAACUCAAACAAUCCACCUAUCAGAUCGACGUGGCCCAACGGGCGAUUAGGAGAGAGCUACAGAGUAUAAACCCGGAUCUUAUGGUGGACCCUAAUAAAGGAUUCUUUGUGCCGAAAGGUAUGACCCAGGAGCAAGCCGAACUCAUCAAAUCUAAACGACUCGAGUUACAGGCGUCAUCCAACACUCGUAGCAUAUCCCUCGAUGAAUUCACUGAAAUGAGAAGAAAGAAGACUGAGCAGGGAAGACAGGCCCUCGAGGCUAUUCAACAAGAGACCCAGCAGGAAGAGGGGGAGGGAGGGGCCGAAAAACCAGCGAUAAAGGGGCGUGACCGCUGGAAAGCACUGGCCAAUGUUCUCGAGAGCAACCCGGCAUCCUUCUCCCAGAUGGCAAAAGUAGCUGCCAAGCAACACCAGCAACAGUCGCAGCCACAUUCACAGCAGCAACAACAGCAGCAGUCCCCACCGGCAACAGCGCCGGCAGAGGAAAUGACAUUGAGGAAAGUGGUUAAAAUGGCAAGCGUCGUUAAUGCAAUGAGGGGAUUCACGAGGUAACAAGACAUUGGAUACCCAACAUGUCCAAUGGAGAACUUCCGUCCAACCAUGGCAUGCCAGCUUUUAUUAUUUGUUAACCAUCACCAAAACGUAAGAAUAUGGAGCCAAAGAUCCAAGGAAUACCAGUUACCUCAGCGGAUCGUGAGAUCGAUAUGUCAUAUCAAAUUUAUAAAAUGAAUACAAGUAUGCGUGCUAUUGCAUCGGUGGAGUUAUAGAAUUUAGCCCUCACUAAAAUGUGGCGAGUAUGUUGGAAAGUAUGAAGUUAUAUACGGUAACCCUACACGGAUGGCCUUGGCUAAAACCGCAUCACUUGGAAACCUUUGACUUCGCGCUCUUGAUAGGGACGCAUUACGAGACCACAGAAAAUGAGGUAUCCCCGCCUUUCCAACGUUAUAGACGAAGAUAGCGUUGCGUUGACGAAACCUCAAGGGACUUUUUUGUGUAGAAAAGAACGACGACGCAUUAUCGAUUACCGAUAGUUAUUCGAUCGAGGCGAGGGAGAGAGGAGGCCAUUGUGCCAGCAAUUAGAUUAACAUGGAUUGUGGAGUUAGUCGACACAUGUUCAUAUGUUCCUUGUGGCCAACAUGGUCCCUAAGGCGAACUGAUGAAACAAGAGACAUUCUCCGACAAAUUGUCUCAUGAUAAAAAGCCCAGAACGACAAAUCAUUUGUUUCAAGGUUGUGACUUUCCAGUUUCCGGCGUCUGAGAAUUUCUAAUAGGAGCAAAUGUUAUCGAAUAUAUUCCGAGUUGAUACAUACAGGUCAGGGAACAAUUAUCAUGAUUAUUAUGCUUUUUCUUUAAUACAGAUCCCUAUUCCUGUAAAAUUGCAAUGUGAUAGAACUGGGUGUUCGAUUUGGGACACUUUUUUUUUUUUGGGGGGGGGGGGGGGAGGUAUACUUAAAGGGUAUUUGAUUUUCAUCCAUAUUAACGGGACGAAUGGGGGGGGGGGGGGGAAGAAAUUUAAAGGGAUUCCAAGAAGUGGGUAUUCAUGACCCCGUGAAACCAAAACCUCUCUGAGACUUGAUUGGUAUGAUCGAGCUAACAUAAUUCUAACAAUGUUGGGUUACAUCAUCAGGUUUAUGUAAUUACUUUCUACCUUUGAAUUUAUUUAAUCAUACUCUUAAUUAAUGAAUUAAUCUGCCAAUUAGCUUUAAAGGGGAAUCCAACCCAAAUAAAAACCUGUUUUUAUAAGGAAAAGAAAAAUCAGACAAGUUGAUAGGUGAAAGUUUGAACAAUAUUGGACAAACAACAAGAAAGUUAUGAAUUUUUAAAAGUUGUAAAUAUUGGUAAUCACUAUACCCAUGGAGACUUCAAAUUGGCCGCAUAUGGGAUGUCAUAGUGAUGUAAGGCAAGGACUACUCUUCCAUGUACUCCAAUACAUAUUAUGGCUAAUAUGUCAUUUUUCCCAAAAGUUUUUAUUUCAAAUCAUAUUUUUCUUUCGAGCUAACAUAAUUCUAACAAUGUUGGGUUACAUCAUCAGGUUUAUGUAAUUACUUUCUACCUUUGAAUUUAUUUAAUCAUACUCUUAAUUAAUGAAUUAAUCUGCCAAUUAGCUUUAAAGGGGAAUCCAACCCAAAUAAAAACCUGUUUUUAUAAGGAAAAGAAAAAUCAGACAAGUUGAUAGGUGAAAGUUUGAACAAUAUUGGACAAACAACAAGAAAGUUAUGAAUUUUUAAAAGUUGUAAAUAUUGGUAAUCACUAUACCCAUGGAGACUUCAAAUUGGCUGCAUAUGGGAUGUCAUAGUGAUGUAAGGCAAGGACUACUCUUCCAUGUACUCCAAUACAUAUUAUGGCUAAUAUGUCAUUUUUCCCAAAAGUUUUUAUUUCAAAUCAUAUUUUUCUUUCGAGCUAACAUAAUUCUAACAAUGUUGGGUUACAUCAUCAGGUUUAUGUAAUUACUUUCUACCUUUGAAUUUAUUUAAUCAUACUCUUAAUUAAUGAAUUAAUCUGCCAAUUAGCUUUAAAGGGGAAUCCAACCCAAAUAAAAACCUGUUUUUAUAAGGAAAAGAAAAAUCAGACAAGUUGAUAGGUGAAAGUUUGAACAAUAUUGGACAAACAACAAGAAAGUUAUGAAUUUUUAAAAGUUGUAAAUAUUGGUAAUCACUAUACCCAUGGAGACUUCAAAUUGGCCGCAUAUGGGAUGUCAUAGUGAUGUAAGGCAAGGACUACUCUUCCAUGUACUCCAAUACAUAUUAUGGCUAAUAUGUCAUUUUUCCCAAAAGUUUUUAUUUCAAAUCAUAUUUUUCUUUCAUGAGGACAUAAAACAAUAUACUACCAGGGUUAUAUUAAGAUUACUGCCCCAGGGGAAUGGGUACUUGAAGAAAACCACAAAUCCCUGAUAAUAAAGUACAUGGCCUAUGAGAAAGUUGUCCUUGCCCCUUGUCAUAAUUUACUUACCCAGUUGCCAAUUUGAAAUCUACAUAGUAUUAGUGAUCUCAAUUUCAAAGCAGCUAUAACUUUCUUAUUGCUUGUCCGAUUUCUUUCAAACUUUCACCAUUCCGUUUAAUUUAUUUUUCUCCUUCCCAACACAAUAUUUAAUGGCCAAGGCUGGAUUCACCUUUAAUAGGCCUAUAACCCACUAUUUUUUUCUAACGUUAAAUGUAUUUAGUGUGCAUAUAUAGCACAUAAUACCUCUUCAUCAGAAUUUGAUCAGCACUCUCCAAUAUAUUUAAAGUCAAUUCCCAUAAAAAUAUUCAUUUUGAAGUAUGGCACUGUCAGCAUCCUUGAACUUUCAAUCCAGUUUGGAUGUUUUGUUUUAUGGUUAAAAUUUCUUGGAUCCGCCAGUGGAUUCAUCUGCACACUAACCAACGCAACAAACACAUACCCUUUACACAACCACACCCAGACAUGCACACCCACCCAUACACACAAACAUAUGAAGUGCCACUACAAUAAUCAAUUUGUCACUCUUCAUUCCACAAGUGGUCCAAUGUUUGGUCUAAUCAAAUUCAUUAUUCUAUUAAUCAUAUCGUUUACCAGUUUCUUGUAGAUUACGGAUCCUCUGUCAUGAAUUAUAAGAUAAACUUUUUGUUUACCAU